AUGAGCCAAGUGUCUCUGCAGCCCACCCCAGGCCUGGAAUCAGAAUCCUGCUCACGUGCACUGUCCCAGACCCAAGUCUACCUGGAACAGAUUCAGAACCACAUGUCUCCUGAGAGCCCUGAUGUCCAUGGAAUGGGCAAGCGUGAUUAUCUGGUGGAUGCAGCCAAACAGAUUCGCCUGGCACUUGAGAGGGAUGUGAGCGAGGACUAUGAAGCAGCCUUCAACCACUAUAAAAAUGGGGUCGAUGUGCUACUCAAUGGAGUACAAGUUGAUCCCAACAAAGAGCGGCGUGAAGCAGUGAAAAGGAAGAUUACCAAGUACCUGAGGCGGGCAGAGGAGAUUUUCAACUGCCACCUUCAAAGGACACUGGGGAACGGGACCAGCCCUGGCACGGGCUUCAGCAGCCUGAGGCUCCGGCCUAUCCGUACCUUGAGCUCGGCAGUAGAGAACCUGAGGUGUUGUAAGGUAGUGGGGGUCAUCGAAAAGGUUCAGCUGGUCCAGGACCCUGCCACUGGGGGGACCUUUGUAGUGAAGAGUCUUCCCAAGUGCCAUGUAGAGACUUGGGACCGUCCAACCAUCAUUCCCAAUGGUGUCCCCUACAUGGCCAAGCUGCUUCGCUACUCUGUGAGUGAGGAUUCCAUCUUCUUGCACUUGGAGCAUGUGAAGGAAGUGGGCGGGAUUUCUGAGCUGACGGAAGCCUGUGAUUGGUGGAGCUUCGGAUCCCUGCUGUAUGAACUUCUAACUGGAAUGUCCCUGUCUCAGAACCACCCCUCAGGAAUCCACGUCCACACCAGGCUCCAUCUUCCUGAGUGGCUCAGUCGACCAGCUAUCUCCCUGCUCACUGAGUUAUUACAGUUUGAUCCCUGCCGGCGCCUUGGUGCUGGAAGAGGAGGUAUCAACAAGCUCAAAUCCCACCCAUUUUUUAGCACCAUCCAAUGGAACAAACUGGUGGGGUAG